CUCCCUGGGCGGGGCCUGUAGUGUGACAGUGGAGAAGCGGGCGGGGCCUGUGGUGUGACAGCGGAGGAGUGGGCGGGGCCUGUGGUGUGAACGUGGAGUGAUGGGCGUGGUCUGCGCGGUGGGCGGUUCUGGCUCCCGGCAUUGCUGGUGGUGAGGUACAGGGGCCCCGGGAUGGAGGGGCCACACUUGGUGCUUGUCUUCAGCGGGAAGAGGAAAUCGGGCAAGGACUAUGUGACUGAACUCAUCAGGGAGAGGUUGGGUCCUGACACCUGUGCUGUUCUGCGCCUGUCCGGGCCCCUGAAAGAGCAAUAUGCCCAGGAGAAAGGCCUGGAUUUCCAGCGCCUCCUGGAUGCUAGCGAAUACAAAGAGAAAUACAGAGCAGACAUGAUCGCCUGGGGAGAGGAACGGAGGAAUGCUGACCCAGGAUUCUUCUGUAGGAUUAUUAUACAAGGAGUAACACAACUGGUUUGGAUUGUUAGUGAUGCUCGGCGAAAGUCUGAUAUAGACUGGUUUCUCAGUUCCUAUGGUGCUGUCACACAAACUGUUCGCGUUGUAGCCUCUGAAGAGACCAGGAAAGCCAGAGGUUGGAUUUAUACACCGGACAUUGACGAUGCAGACUCAGAAUGUGGCCUGGAUCAGGGAACAUCCUUUGACUGGGUCAUUACUAACAAUGGCGAUCAGGAAUCAUUGGACGAGCAGCUGCACAAGCUAAUGGACUUUAUUCACAGCAAGCUAGAUUCGUCCGUUUGAUGGGUGGGAUUGUUUUGGCCGUGUUAUAACCACAAAACUACAUUGACAGGCCCGCGGCGAUCGUCCUGACAGUCUGCAUGCUGUGUCCGGAGAUAUAUUAAUCACAAUCACUCUUCAAGUGUGAGAAACACCUCUCCACCACUUCCACUUUUAAUUUAUUUGUUAAUUUAUGGGUGAAAUCACCAAAUGCAGAUUGUUUUUUUCCGUCAGGUGGACUAUCCUAAAAUAGUGCCUCCUUAUAAGUGACAAUUAUCGGUGUAACUAUUUAUUUCCUGGUUAUUACAGGUACAUCUCUAUAUAAAGUACAGAAUAAUAAGGAAAGAUGUCUCAACCCAUAAUAAAGCUAAUUUUUGGUGCCCA